AUAUAUAUAUAUAUAUAUAUAUAUUCAUGCUUAUACAUUUAUAUAUAAUAAAUUAAGAAAAAAGAGGAAAAAAUGUCAGAUGCAAAUAAUGAGACUGUUGUAGCACAAACGCCUCCACAAAAUGGUAAAGAACGUUCCAAGUCAACAGAAGAAAAAGAAAUACCGCGUGAACCGGCAUUGGUAUGCAGAGAUAUAAAUAUAAAGACUGAAUUGGAAUGUCUGGUUAAAUUGUUAGAUGGUAAGAUUUACAAAGACGAAGAAGUGUCCAUAGAAGAAUUACAUCAGUAUUUGAUUGAGGAUGAAGGAUCUUGGGCUUUGGGUGAUAAUUUUUUGGUUUUUGUUCAACGCGUAUUACGGGAGCAAUCAUUUUCCCCCGACACUCGUGUUCAUCUAAUACGUACAUUGGCAUACGCCGCUCUCAAGGACGACGUGAUUAUUAUUUUACAUCAAGACCGUAAAGAUCAUACACUUAUGAAUUAUGGUUACGAUAUAGAGAAACAUACACCGGAAGAACAACAAGCUUGGGCUCUAUUCAUAUGUAAUCUUUUCGAAAAUGUUGGUCCAUCAGAAUGGUUAUUAUAUAUCUCGGAAUGGGAAUAUAAUGGUCAAACUUUAUCGAACAUCCGUGUCACAACCAAAGUUGUCGUUCAUAGUAUUCUAUCGAAUUGCCUUUUAUUGAAGAAUACCGGCACCAUGAUGCUUUAUAAUAUAGCCAUUAAAGAAGUUAAGACAGUGGUGUUUGAUGACGUCGCCGUUGAAUUAGCCAUGGCUAUAUUGCAGUUCUUCCAAAGUGGCCCAGAUGAGGAUCAAAUUUUCCGUGCCUGCAAAGCAUUGGUUAAAUUUUUAGAAGUCUCGCCCGAUGUGGCGGCUAUUAUACAAAUGAUUGGUCCGCAUCCAAAACAAUUUGCCGGUAAGAGUGAACGUUGCGAUGACCUCAUCAAAGCUAUCAGUCGUAAAGCUCCCGUUUGAACAAUAAUAAAAUAUUAAAAAACAUGUUUUUUUUUUCUAUUUCUUUUGGUUAAAUCACGAGAUUUACAUAUA